AUUUGCCUAAUUACAAAAUAUAGAUAUGAAUUUACACCAUUUUGUAGCAUUGGUGAACCAUCUGUAGGGUCACAGGAGUUUUCAACCUCAGAAAGUGAUAACUGAACAGGAGAGAGAGAAGGUAAAUGUAGACUGAAAGCAAAUUGAAAUCUAGAUUGGCUGUAAGCUACAGAUGGUGGUGUCAAAGUUGUAGAGUAACACUCUUGAGGAGACUGUGAGCGAUGAUGCUGGUAGGCAGGGACUGAGUCCAUAAGCUUAGCUGUACCCUGCUCUCUGUACUCUUAAUGCAUGAUGAUUGAUAUAUUUAUUGGGGAUAGACCAAAGUACACACUGGAGGAAGAUACUGACCAGGGUCUCUCAGUUACUGCCCUGCCCACUGAGGGUGCUUGAUCUGUGGGCUUCAGAAGAGGAACAGCUCCCUGCUUUAGGGCCUGUUAUAAACAAGCCCCUUCAAAUGCUGCACAGACUGGCUGUGUUGUCUGAGAAGCAGCUUGCAACUGGACUGCAUGGAUCUGCAGAGCUGAAGAGCAAAAAUGAAGGUAAAAGCUAAACUAUGUGGCUGCCUGUUGGCUCUGGGUCUUGGAGUAGGCCUCUCCCAAUACCAGUCUAAAAGUCACACAAAGCAACACAUUCAGCAGGGCAGGUCAACCAUAGUCCACCUGUUUGAGUGGCGCUGGAAUGACAUAGCUGAAGAGUGUGAGCGAUAUCUGGGACCCAAUGGAUUUGAUGGAGUGCAGAUCUCCCCUCCCAGUGAGAACGUGGUGGUGACUAAACCAUGGAGACCGUGGUGGGAGAGGUACCAGCCAGUCAGCUACAACCUCUGUUCUCGCUCUGGAACCCAACAGGAGCUCCGAGACAUGGUCUGCAGGUGCAACAAUGUCGGGGUGAAGAUCUAUGCAGACGUGGUCAUUAAUCACAUGUGUAUGUCUGGCGCGGGCGAGGGGGAGGGCAGACGCCGUUCGACCUGUGGCUCAUACUUCAAUGCCAGCAAGAGGGAGUUCCCAUCUGUGCCCUACUCCGCUUCCCACUUCAACGAUGACAAAUGCACCACCAGCAGCAGAAAUAUUGAGACUUUCCAAGACAUUUAUCAGGUGCGGAACUGUCGUCUGCUAGGUCUUCUGGACCUGGCGCAGGACAAGGAGCAUGUGAGGGAGAGGAUAGUGGACUACAUGAACAGGCUGGUGGACAUGGGUAUAGCAGGUUUCAGGGUGGACGCAUGUAAACACAUGUGGCCUAGGGACCUGAAGAACAUCUACAGCAGACUUCACAACCUCAACACCACCUGGUUCACACAGGGAUCCAGACCACUCAUUUACCAAGAGGUUAUCGACCUAGGUGGCGAGCCGAUAAAAGCGACAGACUACUCUGGACUGGGCCUCGUCACAGAGUUCAAGUAUGGUGCUAUGCUGGGCUCUGUCAUCCGCAAGUGGAACCAACGGAAACUCUCUGACCUCAAGACGUGUGGUGAGAGCUGGGAUCUGCUGCCCUCAGGCGAGGCACUGGUGUUUGUGGAUAACCAUGACAACCAGAGAGGGCAUGGUGCAGGAGGGGCCUCCAUCCUCACAUUCUGGGAGCCCAGAAUGUAUAAGAUGGCCGUGGCUUUCAUGCUGGCCCAUCCCUAUGGAGUUACAAGAGUGAUGUCAAGCUACUGGUGGGAUCAACAUGUUGUGGAUGGAAAGGACCAGAAUGAUUGGAUAGGUCCUCCCAGCUUCCCUGACGGCUCCACCAAGCCUGUCCCUAUCCAGCCAGAUGGCAGCUGUGGGGAGGGCUGGGUGUGUGAACACCGAUGGCCCACAAUCAGAAAUAUGGUGAUGUUCCGUAAUGUUGUUGAUGGGGAGCCGUUGUCUAACUGGUGGGACAAUGGGGGGAACCAGAUAGCUUUUGGACGAGGCAACCAAGGCUUCAUAGUUAUCAACAAUGAUAACUGUUCCCUGGAUGUGAUGCUGUCCACCGGCCUUCCUGGAGGAACCUACUGUGAUGUCAUCUCCGGUCAGAGGUCAGGGGGGCGUUGCUCGGGGAAACAGGUGACCGUUGGAGGGGAUGGGAGAGCACACUUCACCAUCAGCCCCUCUGACCCGGACCCUGUCAUAGCCAUUCACACACACUCUAAGCUAGAGUAGGAGCUAAUAACACUGCACUUUGAACCACAGACUAUGAUAUUAUAGUUAAUGUAUCAUUACUGUAUUUCAAGUGUUCUUUCUAUCGAUGUUUGGAAAGAUGAUGAUGAUGGAUGAUUAAGCAAUAAGGUAUGAGGGGGUGUGGUAUAUUGGCCAUA